AAUGGAGACAGGACAUGGGAAAAAGUCGUUGUAUGCAUAGUUUCUGAUGGUCGUAAAAAGAUCAACCAAAGUGUUUUAACGUAUUUAUCCAAACUUGGUGUUUAUAAGGAAGGAAUUGCUGUCGAUCAUGUAGUUGGUCGUAAAGUUGAGGCUCAUAUCUUUAAACAUACAAUUCAAAUUCGGGUUGAGGAUAAAAUCAUUCCAAUUCCAGUGAUCUUUUGUCUCAAGGAAAAGAACACUAAAAAAAUCAACUCUCAUCGUUGGAUUUUUAAUGCGUUCAGCCCAGUACUUGAUCUCAAAAUAUGCGUUCUAAUUGAUGUUGGCGUUAGCAUUGAUGUUACUGCUCUUAAGAAUGCAAAAGAUGGAAAUGGUAAUGACGAAGAACCUCUGGUUUCCUACUUCAAGGACGAAACCCAAAUAAAGUCAACUACUAAAGGUUUAUUUGGUUCUAUUAAAAGAAGCAUUACUGAUAAUAUGUAUCUUGCUGAAGAUCGUAUACUUUGCUUUGAGCUGUUUACAAAACGCAAUUCAAAAUGGUCAUUGUAUUAUGAUAAGUCUUCUCAAGCUGAAACAGAUGUGCCUGAAAAAAUAUCUGGAUUUAUUUCACAACGUAGAUGUUGGCUAAAUGGGACUUUCUUUGCUAGUCUUUACGUUAUUUUUUAUUUUAAAAAUAUAUUUAGAAGUAAACAUUCACUUUUACACAAAUCCUUUUUUGUCAUUCAAGUUUUCUACCAAGCAAUUAGUCUUUUAUUUUCAUGGUUUGCAUUGAGAAAUUUUUACUUAACAUUUUAUAUUUUGUGUAAUACACUUGCAAACCCUCAAAAUUCUAUUCCUCUUCCUUGGGGUUCAUCAGUUAGUGAAAAUAUAUUUAUCAUCUUAAGAUACGUUUAUUUUAUAUUAAUUAUUAAACAGUCUAUUGUUUCUAUAAGUAAUAAACCUCAAAGUAUUACUAAAUGGGCCUACUACAUUUCAAUGUAUGGUUUUGCUAUUAUUAUGUUUUAUACUUUUUUUGCUGGUUCUUGGCUUGCAAUUAAUGACAUUAUGUAUAUAAUAAUUCUGAAUAUUAAAGACAACAGAGCUAUGGCUAUUUUUCAUAAUGAUACUUUUUGGGCUGUAGUUCUUCCUUUACUUUCAACAAUAAUUAUAAGAUUAAUUGAUAAAGCAAAUUCCACAAGAAAGCUUGGAGAUGAAUCUUUAAUGACUUUAAGUAUGACUUGCUCACUUUUCCAUUCAGCGAGAUAUACAUUAGAGAAUCCUCCCUCUCCUAUUUUUUUAAAAUUUUUAAAUUCAUCAUUUGGUAUCCAAUUUUUUAUAGUCGCAAGAUCUUUAAAUUCUUCAAAACCC